AUGAAGGCUGCUGCAACUGGACAGCUGCUGCUGGUGCUCAUGGUUUGCAGUCUGCAUGCUGUCACCUGCACCACCACUCCUGGGGACCUAGCAGAUCGACUGUCGCUGCUUGAAUUCAAGAAGGCGAUCAGUUUGGAUCCACAACAAGCAUUGGCCUCUUGGAAUGACAGCACCCACUUCUGCAGUUGGGAAGGAUUUCCUGAUUUGCCUCUUGGACUCAAACAGCUGGACCUUGGAUCUAACAAUCUUUCUGGAACCAUCCCUUUUUCUCUUGCCAAUAUCACAACUCUUAAGGGUUUGGGCUUCAAUUUCAAUAACAUUGAGGGAAACUUCCCACAUGAGUUUGCCAAGUUUCUGGAGAUACAGAUUCUGAUCGCUAGUGGCAACCAUUUGCUAGAAGGCCACGUACCUACUUCAUUAGGUAACCUUUCUGUUGGACUGCAGACAUUAUUACUGGGGAAUAAUCAAUUGUCAGGUGGUUUUCCUUCUGGCAUCGCGAACCUCCACAACCUUAUGUGGUUAGUACUAUCUGGGAACCAAUUUACAGGCGAGGUUCCAGAAUGGCUUGGAACGCUAAACAGUUUACAGAAUAGUUUUGGAGGAAGCAUCCCCAUUACAAUAGGCAACAUAAGUGGCCUACAAGUUCUAAACUUGUCUCACAAUAAUUUGACCGGGUCAAUACCAAUGUCCCUCAGCAACCUCCGGUACCUUAAACAACUAGAUCUAUCCUUCAACAACAUCAGUGGUGAGGUCCCAUUGAAAGGGAUAUUCAGCAAUGUGACUGCUGUGAGGAUUGAUGGAAAUCCAGGGCUUUGUGGUGGGCCAUUGGAAUUACACCAACUCGCAUGCCAUGUCACGCCUAUUAAUUCAAGUAAGCAGAGGCGACAUUCCAUUGUACAAAAAGUGGUCAUCCCCUUAUCCAGCAUUUUGUUAGUUGCUAUAGUCAUAACUGUAAUGCUUGUCUGGAGAGGAAAACAAAAAAGAAACAUAUUAUCUUUGCCAUCAUAUGGUAGCAAAUUUCCCAAAGUUUCUUACAACGAUCUAGCCAGAGCAACAUGUGGGUUCUCAGCAUCCAAUUUGAUUGGCAAAGGAAGAUAUUCUUCCGUGUAUAAAGGAGAACUCUUCCAAGGUAGAACCUUGGUUGCUAUCAAAGUUUUCCGUCUAGAGACAGGGGGAGCACAACAGAGCUUCAUUGCAGAAUGCAACGCUCUACGUAAGUUGCGGCACAGAAAUCUAGUUCCUAUAGUAACUGCAUGCUCCAGUAUUGAUUCCAGUGGAAAUGAUUUCAAAGCCUUAGUCUAUGAGUUCAUGGCACAAGGUGACUUGCAUGAGCUACUGCACUCAACUAAAUGUGAUGGCAACACCUCAACUCAAAUCCACGUCACAAUGGCUCAAAGGUUAAGUAUUGCAGUGGAUGUCGCAGAUGCAUUGGAGUACCUUCACCAUGGCAACCAAGGAACCAUUGUGCAUUGUGAUCUGAAGCCUAGCAACAUUCUUUUGGAUGACAAUAUGACAGAACAUGUUGGAGACUUUGGUCUUGCAAGGUUCAAGGUUGACUCAGCAGCAGCAUCGUCCACUCACUCGAUCUCGACUUCAGCCGCUAUUAUGGGUCCAGAGUGUGCUACAGGUGGAGCAGUUUCGAGUGCUGGAGAUGUUUACAGCUUUGGGAUUGUUCUACUUGAAUUAUUUUUGCGGAGGAUGCCAACUGACGAAAUGUUCGAUGGUGGGAUGAACAUCACAAAAUUUGUUGAGAUGAACUUUCCUGACAUGAUACCACAUAUUAUUGACCCUCAACUACUAGAAGAGCAACAAGAUUUAUCUCAAGAAACUUCAUUUGCCAUGAAGGAGAAAAGCUUGGAGUGUUUGCUUUCAGUUCUAAACAUUGGGCUUCUCUGCACUAAGACGUCCCCGAAUGAGCGCAUCUGCAUGCAGGAAGUGGCUGCAAGGUUGCACGAAACCAAGAAGGCAUAUCCAAGAGAAAACUAA